AUGGCGUCCGUGUACAGGCUUCCCAGGAACACCAUCUGUGCUCCCUGCCACGAGGGCGCCAAGGCCAUCAUCGGAUUUCUGAACAAGGCUGAUGAGCAGCAGCAAGAAGAGGGCGGCCAUGGCUCUGUUCUCAAGUCCAGAGUGUCCAUGAUGAAGCCUGACAGCGCAACCAAGGGGACGAAGGACGCGUGGGAGCAGUUGAAGGAGAUGAGAGGCAGGGAGGAGGAGGCCCAUCAGAGAGCUGCCUUCCUCGCGCAGGGCCUGGCGAUGGCGUGGAAGGAGGGAGUCCACACCGACAUCGUCGUGAAACCGGGCGCUGGGCCCCCAAUCCCGGCCCACAAAGCCAUCCUGGCCGCGAGGUCGGAGGUGUUCCGCCACAUGCUGGCCGCCGACGAAGCGCCGCAAGGCCCCGCCGGGCGACGCCAUCUCCUCCCGGGAGCGGACCCACGACGAGCUCGCCCUCUUCCUCGCCUUCCUCUACACCGCGCUACCGGAGGACGGACGGGCGGCGGCGGCUCCUCCAGGUCCCGGAGGAGCGGCAGCGCACGCGCGCGCUCCUCGUGGCGGCCGACAAGUACGAUGUCCCGCUUCUGGCGGGCUCGUGGGGCUGUGGGCCGCGCGGGCGGCGGCGGCUCAAACGUGGGCGCCUCGCAGACGUGA